GUCAUGGGAUGAUGAAUCUUCCUGACUCCAGGCUGGGCACUCUAUCCACUGCACCACCUACCUGCCCAAACUCCUUAAAAUAUAACCUUAUCUUUCCUGCAACUUAUGUCUAGCUGGAUAGGCCUCCUUACCUUUGCACAUGCUGUUCCCACAAACUGGAAUGUUCUCUCACCUCUUCUUUGAUUUUCUGAAUCCAUUCUUCCAGGCCCAGCUCAAGUCCCACUUCCUCCACUUAGGCCCAACUACCCUUCUCUGAAUUUUUAUAGCUACUGUUUGUACACCUCACAGAUUACAGGUUUCAUGAUCUCAUAGGUGAGUGUGGGUCUUUACAGAUUAUCUAGUCCAACACACCUCAUUUUAGGUUAGGAAAAUGAGAAACACCUGAAGAUAUGUGACUUGCCCAAGGGCACACAGCUGGUGAACAGGCACAGUCAGAACUAGAACUCAAGUCUCCUUGCCUCAAGUGUUCCUUCAAAUGUCAUCUCACGUUGUGUUCCCUGCCUAGAGAGUAGCUUCUUUGAAGAUGAGCACUAUCUUUUACACUUCUCAGGUGAACUCUCAGCAAUGCUUAAAGCAAUGUUGAGCUCAUACUCUCCGGUUAUGUGAUUUUUGUCACCUUGCAAGAACACUCUCCACCCAUUUAUGACUUAGGGGGUAAAUCCAAAAGUGUUGCUUUGAGGAACGUGGUGGUUAAGUAACUUCUCCAGGGCCACAGAGCCAGUGUCAGAGGUGGAAUUUGAACCAAGGUCUUUCCGACUCCAAACCCCGUACGAUAUUACCCCAUAGUAUACACUGAUUAAAUACACACUGAACUGGCUUAGUCACAAAUCAGAAUCAGAGGAGUAUCUUAUCCACACCGACAAAUCACUCUCAAUCAUCCUUUGCUUGUAUCUGCAAAAUGUAUAGCGGUAUCAGUGGACAUAGGGCUCCCGAUGCACGUCUUCCCUACCAAGCCCAGGGUCCGUUCCGUUCUCACCCACGGCCUCGGUCUCCAGGGCUUCCUCGGCAGGUUCUCCUCCCGCUCAGGGGGAUGCUACUGCACCCGAGUCCGGAUGUCUGUCCCCAGGGAGGACGGUCGGGAACCGCUUUGGCUCCAGCAACAGCAGCUUCACCACCUGCGCCUUCGUUCGCGUCUCCGGCCUCGCCCACCGAGGACGCAGCUCCCGGGGUCAGCAGAGCCUUCCCGCGCCCACCGCGUCCCGAGGCACUCCCACCUCCGGGGGUCCAGGCCAGCGCAACCAUCCUCCGGGGGAGGGGUCAAGCCAGGUUCACCACUACCGCCGCCCUGGGAGGAAGCUCUGGCCGCUGGCACGGGGAAUGCGUGACUGGCCGCGCACAGAGCAGGCCAGACCCGUCCUCCUGCACCCUCCCGGGCCAUUCUCCGAGGCAAAGCGCCUUUCCCCUUCGCGCUUGCAGGGACUAAGGGCGGGGCCUAGGUGGGAGGGGCGGUGUGUAGACUGACUGAACACCGGAGCGGGCAAACGCGAGGACUGCUGGGAAGAGUGAGUGACGAAAAGCAGAGAGGAUCGCACAACGCCCACUAAUGUCUCGAACCUCCUCCUGGAGGCGGGACCUCUUGGAUUCGCCCUCCUCUGUCCAGAGAGGCGGACCCCGCCUCUAGCCCUUGGCUCUCCGCACAGACCAGUCCCUAUUUUGGUCCCGCGAGGACUGGGGCUGAGACCUAAUCGCACAGUCCGCUGGGAGUUGUAGUUCCCGAAGCCGUUGGGAGGUGUCAGAACACUGGAGACUUCCCCCACCGCGGCUGAGGCGUUCUGAGAGGCCUUCACGUCGGGAUCGUCUGUAGGGGUGACUGAGCAGCAACCUAGGGAUGGAAGUGUUCAGGUGACCUUACAAAUUUCCAAAAAAGUCAUGAGAUACUGAGAGGCCAUCAAGGCAAAUGCUACAGUGUUCAUCAAAUCUGUUGAUUACAGUUGCUACAAUCAGCAAAAGUGAGCUAGCACCAAGGGAAAGAGCUACAUCAGAGAAAGGGGAUCAUGGGAAAAGACUUUUGGCUGUUGAUCAAAUUAUGCUCAGUAGAGGUAAAAUGUAAAAUAGCUAAUUAGCAGAAUUGCCAAACAAUAUUAUGUCUUGAUGAAACCAUCAGCCUCCUACCAGAAUGUACCCUGCUUAGAAGUUUCUGAAUCCUGUUUAAAUCGUUGCUAGUGCAUUCUUUGAUUUUCUUGUACUUACCGUUUUCUGGGUGGGAAUAAAAUUUCCUAACUUGUAUCUUUUACUACCCCUCCCCCUCAUUUUGGGGAAACCCAAGA